CAGUGAUGGAGGCCAUCGACCUCGAGGAGCAGGAGCCGUUCCCGGUGGACCGAGACGGGCGGCGGCUCAGGGUCGUGGGAGACCAGCCCGACGGUGACAGAAAGAUAGGGUGUUGUGAGAAGUUCCAGCUGUCCGUCUCCAAAUGGAUGCUUCCGGAAGACUCCCGCAGCAAGUACCUGGAACGGGCCAACUGCUGCCCGCCCCCCAUCUUCAUCAUCCUCAUCAGUAUUGCAGAGCUGGCAGUGUUUAUCUACUACGCUGUGUGGAAGCCUCAGAAGCAGUGGGUGACCCUGGAUGAAGGCAUCUGGAGAAGCCCCCUAACAUACAAGCCUGAGGAGAGGCAGGAAGCAUGGCGCUUUAUCUCCUACAUGUUUGUCCACGCCGGUGUGGAGCACAUCAUAGGGAACCUGGUGAUGCAGCUGCUGCUGGGCAUCCCGCUGGAACUGGUCCACAAAGGAUUUGAAGUGGGAAUGGUUUAUAUGGCAGGCGUCCUGGCAGGCUCGUUGGCCAGCUCCAUCUUUGAUCCUCUCAGUGCUUUGGUGGGAGCUUCUGGGGGUGUCUAUGCCCUCAUAGGAGGCUAUUUUAUGAACGCAGUGGUGAAUUUCCGAGAGAUGAUUCCUCUUCUUGGAGUAUUUCGUAUCCUCGCCAUAGUGAUAUUCGUUGGGACAGAUUUUGGAUUUGCCUUCUACAGAAGAUUUAUGUCAGACGAGGCUGGUUUGAAGGUGUCUUUUGUGGCUCAUUUUGGAGGGAUCGCGGCCGGGAUGACCAUCGGCUACGUCUUCUUCAGCGCUUACAAUAAGAAGCUGCUCAAAGACCCUCGUUUCUGGCUGUGUAUAGUGGGAUAUGUGUUGUUUGUGAUCUUUGCCGUGGUCUUUAACAUCUGGCUGAGCCCAGCAUCGUAGGAACAUAAAGCUGCACUCACCAACUUUGUUUUUUAAAGUUAACACUAAAAGCCUUAAUGUCACACUCUCAGGAAGCUGAAUUUUUUCAGUGAAAAGUUGCUUUUCACUGACUUUUGUGAAAGUGCACAGGGUAUUUUUGUUAUUUUACUAUCUGAUUGUCUUAUUUUUUUAAGAGCUGAGUUUGUGAGUUCAAGGGAAAGUGCGCCCCCUGCUGUUUAUGUGUAACACUGCAGAAUGCAUAUUUUGUAUUUUUAGAAGAUGUGGAGCAAAACGUGCCUUUACUAAGAGAGUAAUUUAGAACUGAAUCAAAUGUUAUUUGUACAUUAUAAUGUGUUGCAAUUGAUAUUUUAUUUCCGUGUUAGAGUGUUUUAUAUGUGAGCUUUUAUUGUACCUUUUUGAUUAUCAGGAAAUGAAUGAACACACUGGUCAGAUUUCAUGUUAUUGUUCUUUAAUAGAACUGUUAAAUUUAUUAAUUUUUAUACUGCUCUACGCUUAUUUUCUGUCAAAUCAUCAAUGACUCUUCUGGACUUUCAGUAUUCAUGAAAUUUGCCUUAAAUGUGGUGAAAUAUUCACCAUGUGAAACACAGAGGAAAGAGAUGACAGAGUUUAUUAGGAAGUCUCAGGCCAUGGCUUAAUGCCACCUUAUUGUUUCAGACACAUCCUGUUGACAAGACGUGACAUGUCGUUUGGUAAAACCGUUGAUUCAUUUUCCCAUCAUGCUAUUGUUUUGCAAACUUGGAAGUACAAAACUUUGGCUUUUGCUUUACUGCAGUCUACUCUAAUGAAAUCAAACAGUGGUUGAUAUUGUACAAAUUUACUGUAAAGAAACUUUUGAAUAUUAAGUGGAUUUUUUUUAGUUUAGUGUUUACAUUUUCUGUUUAAUUCAUACAAGUCUAUAAAUGAAAACUUUAAUAUUACUGGUGUGAGAAGAGCAUUUGGUGCAGACUGUAAUUCAGAAAUAGAGCUCAUGUUAGAAAAUGUACUUCAUUCAUUAAAAAUCACAGGUAAAAUAUGACCAAAGAUCAAACAGAGACCUCUUACACUUGGUUUUGCAUUUCCACAUUUCAAUGUCUUAAAAAAAUAAU